GAUCAGGUGGCUGUGAAAAUUGCCAGAAAGCCACCGAACAUGAAAUACAUCUACAUUCCUGGUCAUCCCACACCCCUUCCAUUAGAGGUCGGCCUGUUGAUGCUUGUUAAUAUGGGCCCUAAAGUUCCAGAGAUCAUUGAACUGCUGGACUGGCAGGACCAGCCUGACCAAUACAUCAUGAUCUUGGAGCGUCCCCCAUCCUGCCAAGAUCUGAAGAUGUUUACAGCAUUCCACGGCAGCACCCUCAAUGAGGACAUGGCACGCUUUAUCAUGAGGCAGGCAACAACGGCCGCUCACAUGUGCUGUCGUCGUGGAGUCUUCCAUCGUGACAUAAAGCGGAACAACUUGCUGAUAAACACGGAAACACUUGAAGUCAAACUGAUUGACUUCGGGUGCGGGGAUCUCCUGCAGGAAUCCGCAUAUGAAAGUUUCUGUGGCACUCGAAAGUACUUCCCACCUGAGUACUUCACAGAGGGCAAGUACCACGGUAAACCAGCUACUGUGUGGUCUCUGGGAGUGGUCUUAUUCUUGCUGGUGUGUGGACACCAUCCAAAACCCAGAGACACGCAGAUGAUUGAUGACGGCACCUGGAUUAAACCUGGCUUGUCAAAUGAAUGUUGCCACCUGAUUCGAUCCCUCCUGCAGCAAAACCCAAGCCGGCGGAUCGAGUUGAGGAAAAUCCUUCGACAUGAAUGGUUUAAGGUCACAGAAUAA